UUCAAUGCAGCGUACAAAUUGUGCCCUGUCUUCAUCUACACCGCUCGGAGGUCAUGGCAGCUGAAAUGUCAUGUCUGACAGGUGUUGAUGAAGAUGACAAAGAUGCAGAUCCUGAGAUCAAUGCCCUCUCACUCCUGCAAGAGCCAGUGAGAAUGGCUCAAGAAUCAGCCUCUUGCACCGAUUCUUUCGGCAAGCCUUCUCUGAAACAAAAUAGUGUCCUAGAUGUUAUGUCAAACACAGAUAUGUUGUCUCCAGUUGGCCUGGGAAAUGGACCUUCUUCGCAUCAGGCUACACAAGCCCAUGAACUCAAUAGCAUCUCCACAGAGAAAGAGGAGGAGAAGAGCAUCACCCCACUAAAAACUGUGCAGGAAAUUGACACUGCAGGAAUUUGGGGUUUUGACGUAGACUCACCUGAGAACUCACUGGAUAAUUUUAGUAGUGCCAGUGACCUUCAUUGGGACCCUCACAAAGAGUUUAUGCAAUUUUUGUGGGAGAACCAUGGUGAUUCUCCUGGUGAGGAGCCUAAAGAGGAAGUCCCUCCAAGUAAUAGCCAAAGGAGAAGGAAACGGAAAAUGGACAUGGUUGUCAUGGUGGAUCCCUCAGAAGACCUUUACCCUGAUCUGAGCCGCAAGUCAUCUGAGGAAUUGUCUGAUACCGAAGGCCCAGAAGACUCCAUUCCUGUCAGAAAAGUCCGAAAGUCAAGAAAGUUCCCCAAGUCACAGUCGUCGCCAACAGGGAAAGUUUCCAAGUAUCCCAAUGGAACUGUAAAGGCCAUCAAGGAAAUUCUUUACAAUGCCCCUGCGAGAAAUUCACAUGAGAACAGUAUAGGUCAUGGGCUUUCACCAUUAAAGGGGAGGCUCACAAUAAAUUCUCAUUCAGAGGAGAAGCUUUCACGUUACCCUUGCUCAAAAUGUAAGCUAAUUUUCAAGAAAGAGCAUCAUUUGCAUCGUCAUAUGAAGUCUCAUGUUGACCCUCCGAAUAUUUCGCCAAAGCCUUUUAUAUGCCGUGAAUGUGGACAGUCUUUCAGACAAAGUGGUUCACUUAUUGAGCACAUGUCCAUCCACCAGGAGAAGAGAACAAGACUCACUGAAGAGGUCAAAAGCAUAAAUGAUAAGAAGAAAGAGGAUAAAAACAUGAAGCUUUUCUGCCCUCAGUGCCCAUUUGGAACAAACUGCCCAAACACGUUUGUUCAACAUGCGAAAACGCAUGAGAAGGACAAGAGAAAAUUUAGAUGUGACAAAUGUAGCUUCAGGACUCUGAGUGAGAAUGACCUUAGGAGACAUAACAUUAUGCAGCACACUGUUAUUACAGUUAGAAAGCAGAUCCAGGAUGAUGACACUCAAACCUUCUCCUGUAACGUUUGUUCUUACAGAGCUUUUAGCAAAAAUGUUUUUAAGAAUCACCUUCUGCGGCGCCAUCAACAAAGUUUUGAGGAAUACGAAGCUGCAAAGCGUAGAGAGAAAAAUGUGCAGAUCCAGAAUGACGACUCUGAAACCUUCUCCUGUAACAUUUGUUCUUACAGAGCUUUUAGCAAACAUGUUUUUGAGAAUCACCUUCUGCGACGCCAUCAACAAACUUUGGAAGAAUACGAAGCUGCUCACUGUAGUGACAAAAAUGCACAACCAUCUAGGGAACAACAUGUGCCUACUUGUAAAAUCCCUGUUGAAGAUGCAGAGUUUACAUCUAAAAUCUCAAUAAAAAAUCAGAUCUCUUCUAGAAGAGCUUGCUCACCUAGUGACUCUAAUGACAUUUCAGACUUAUUCAAAAAUAGCAAGAUUAAGAGAGGUCUCAAGUCUCAACUGACAGAAUCAAAGCUUGACAAAUCCAUUAAUGUUCUCCUGUCACGACAAAGACAUGGAAAGAAGACUACUGAACAGAAGAAGGAAAGCAAUAAUUGCAGUACAUCUGUUCAGAAUUCCAAAAGUGACAAAGAUGGCUCUGAUCAGUUGCCAGGAGCAUUGACUGUCAAGGUUGAAGAUUCAGCUUUAUCCCCAAAUGGGCCCUCCAGUGCAGCUGAAAGUGAUCUCAAAAGCAUGGGUGAACCCAAGUUUAACGUAGAUCAGUCCACAGUCAAAAAGUCACCGUCUAAACGGAAGAUGUCCACUCCAUAUCGCAACACCUGUGACCAAGACUCAUGCUUCAUCUUAUCAAAACCUUUGCCAAGUCCCAAGAAAAUAAACCAAGAAGAAGAAGUGGCCAACUUUGAUGAAAAAGACAUUUUCCAGUUUAAGGAUACAGAUCCCAACACAAAUUCUUUUGACAAUGGAAUCAAGAAAGAAAAACAAAACAUCAUUUAUACCUAUAGCAGAAGAAUGUCCAUGAGGGGUGCUCUGCAGGCGUCUAAAAGGCUGUUUGAGAAAAUAAAGACUGAAGAGCAAGAACAGACUGACCCUGAAAUCAAAGAAGAAUGCAUAGAAACAGAAGUAUUCCAAGAAACCUUUGACUCCCACCAAAUACCAUUGCGGGAAUCACUUGAAGAUGAUUUGUCAGAAUUGGAAUCAGACCGCAAGAACUGUCCGUACUGUCCUGCAGUCUUUGAGUCAGGUGUUGGAUUGUCCAAUCAUGUCAGAGGGCAUCUUCAUAGGGUUGGAUUGAGCUACAAUGCACGCCAUGUAGUGCCUCCUGAGCAGGUGGCUUCUCAAGACAGGAGGCCACGAAUUCGACGGAAGAUUUCAGCAUUCAGGAGAUUGAAAAAAGUGUUACAGAUGGAGUCAGAUUCUGAGACUGUGAAGAGUAUUCACUCCUGUCCAUUAUGUGGAGAUUCAUUUGAUAACAGGACUGGGCAGUCCAACCACAUACGAGGCCACCUCAAAAAGCUUGGUAAAAGCUUUUCAACAAAGAACAAAUCCCCAUUAUUUUUACUCCGGGAGUUGAUGCGCGACAAGAAGGAGUUCCAGCGGGCGCUUCAAAUUCUGGGAAAGAGACGGAACCAUUUCCAGUAUGGUGCUUCACCAAAGCUGUCCAACGCUGAUCGUUUCACGCCACCCCCCAUUGGAAUCCCAAAAAGUAAUUCUAUUCCAAGAGUUUGCACUGAUGCCAAACCACUGAUCUCCACGUUUUCUUUAGCGGAAAUGGAACCUGAAAAAAGGCAACUAGAGACUAAGUUGGAUGUUAAAAAUUCACUCUCAGGCACAACUGCCUUGAUAGGAAUUCUGAAGAGGAGGAAGUGUCAGGAAGACGCCAGACUAAAGGGCUCCUCUCUGAUAUCAAGGAACUCUUUAACAGUUUCUUCAAACAGUGAGCACAGUUCAGGAUCAAGAGUUGCAGCUUCACUGCCAAACUCAAUAUCCGAGAAAGGUGAAUUCAACAGGAAGGUGUGCGUCCAUUGCAAUGCAACUUUCCACAGUGGAGUUAGCUUGUCCAAUCACCUCCGGGCAUAUGCAAAACGAAAAAGGACUGCCUUACUUGAGGGAACCACAUUUGACUGUAAAGCAAGGAGACAGCGCUCAAGGCCUGGCUCAAAGAAGAAAACACUGCCCUUACCACAAACUCCAGAGGAAAUGUACAGACUCACCUGCAGGUUCUGUGACCUCGUCUUCCAGGGUCCGUUGUCGGUCCAGGAGGACUGGAUUAAACAUUUACAGAGACACAUUAUGAACACUAGUGUCCCUCAUACUGGGCUAGGCAUGGUAGAGGUCACCUCGCUGCCCACGGACCCCCCACCCAUCAAGACUGACCAAGACAGCUCUCUGACAGCCACACAUGCUGCCUCAUGAAGCCAAUGAGGAUCCUUUAAGAUUUCACUAGACUGUAUGUGUAUGUACAUUGGAUGU